CGUCUUCCAGCCAGUCAUCAUCGAAAAGUCGAAAGUGGAGGAGUUUCGUUUGGCCUCCAGACUUUUUUUUCGUUUAGUCAACCUUAUCUGUAAUUAAGCCCUUUCGUUUAUUCAGCCGCCCCCCCGCCCCACCUCUGCGCCCAUGAUGCCACGCCGAAGCCUCGCGUGCCUGGCGGCCCUCCUCGCCUGCGCCGCCGUCAGCGCUCAGCCGGCCAAGAAAGGAGGACACAGCUUCAUCCUCCCCUUCCCCGACUGCGCACACCACACCGUCACGUCGGACAGAUCCAUGCCCUUCGUGGACCUGCAAAGCACGCUCCGCUUCGCCGUCCUGCCCUCAGAGCUCCGGAUGGGCUUGCGCAUCAUCGUUGGAGAGUCACAGUAUACGAUCGUCGUCCUACCCGACAAGACGUUGCUGACGCGGUGCGACGGCCAGGCGCAGCAGAACCGCUGCAGUCCGCUUCCGCCGAGUCAAGUGUCUGUGGCUGACCUUUUCAAGCAGGACGAGUGGACCUUUGUUGACCUCGGCUUCGACGGCCACAGGAUAAGUGUCUUGAUCGCUGACGUCGAAGUUUUGGUUGAUGACAGCUGGGUGGCUACUCCGGGGCAAGAAUCCACCCACUCUGCUAAGGUCGCCUUCAUCUCGCUGGAGGACGCCUCCCUCGACUCCUCCGAGUAUUACACGCUGGAAGUCAAUCUCGGAUGUAACUCCACACACAUGCCCGACCAGAAGAUCAACACCCACGCCCCCGCGAGCACGCCGCGCACCGACGUCUCGCCUGCACCCUACCCUGCGUGCCCCCUGUACCACGUGGUCCCGGGGACCCCUCUGCCCUACAUCGCCAUCGACUCGUCCCUGUCUCUGGCGGUCUUCCCUUCAUCGUCGAUGCUGGUCAUGAAGAUUCAUGUCGGACACGCGCUCUACAAGGCUUCGGUGGAAGGCACGAUGGUCGUCCUCAUGAAGUGCGAGGAGGACGGCGUCACGUGCAAAGACGUCAACACCGGAGGGACGAAGGGCAUGGAUCUCCUGAAGCCCAACGCGUGGAACUUCGUCGAUAUCCUGCUGGAGAACGGAGAGAUAACCGUGACGAUCAACCACAAGGCGAACGUGAUGGGCAAGGCGAUGGCCGCGCAGGACGAGUUGCCGGCGCUCUCCAUCAUGGCCGCCGAGCCCUCGAUGCCAACCACUCACCGGGACAACUAUUCUAUUGGUGUCAACGUUGCAUGUAACGAUUCCUUCAUCCCGAUCAGUCGCUCUGUCACCGAGGUGCCCGACCAAAGAGGCGGCACACAGGCGCCUGUUGUCGACGGGACCGCCCCGACCCCUAGCGACAACGGCGCCCCAGUCGGCAUCAUCGUGGGGGUGCUGGUCGCUCUCCUGGUGAUCGUCGCCAUCGCCAUCAUCGUGUCCGUCGUCCGCAAGAGGCGCACGAUGGAGGUCAACCAGCACACGCCGCUCCAGGAGCAGCAGCAGGCCCAUUAGGAGGGUUUCACAAGCGCGGAGGGAGAGCCUGUGGAAGGGACUCUGCAGAAGGGCUUUUGCCUCGUCAUAAUGUGCCAUAGUGUUUGUGUAAUGUGAAUCUCAUAGAGUGUAUGUGUUAUGGUAUAUAUAUAUAUAUAUAUAUAUAUAUAUAUAUAUAUACACACAUCUAUACACACACACACACACACACACACACACACACACACACACACACAUAUAUAUAUACACACACACACA